AUGUGUUUCAGACUAGCAACACACAUAACCAACUGCGAAACCCGUCUUAUAUCAACUUUGGAGGUUAGACACCCAGAACUCACCUAUGAUAUAUACAAUCCGUUUGAAGACCCGCGGACCUGCGAACAUUAUGUCGACCAGGACGACGAUAACGUGACUUUGUGCGCUGUCCAUGGAACCUGCUGCCAAGUGAGUUUCGAGGACGUAUGUGUUUCUUGGGUUAAUUUCGGAGGCCCGGGCGGCAUCAUCAAGUGUCGAGGAUUCAAAGAGUUUUUUCAUGUCAUUAUCCCCAUCAACGGCUACAACGUUGAAAUUAACAGGCAAUUCAUUGGCCCUGACCGCAAUGCCGUUAGGUUGACCGAUGAGGAGGCGCAGAGUCUGUACGACGCGCAAGUAGCCUACUUUAAUGAGGGAGGAAGAGUGAGGGUGGUUCUGGAGGACGACAAUAGCCAGUGGAUCACGCAAGCGAACCCACCGUAUGACUGGAGGCCGACCAUCGACACCACAGUACCCCAGAACGUGGAUAUGCUUGCUCGCUUUGACACGGCGCUGGAGAGGUGGAAGAGCACAUGUGUCCUUCUGAAGAUUGUACACGACCCGCAGCAACAUGAAAAUAUGAAAGCAACGCAGAGCGAGGCUCCAUAUUGGUACCAGAUCCUCAGAGUGCCUCGGCCGGGCCACGAGGGGACCCCCUUACCUGGACCAGAAGGCUUCGUCGACGAUCAGGUAUUAGAAGCCGGAGAGGGGCCAGCAGGUCCUGCUGGCAUGGAUGGGGGAUUAGUUGACUCUCCUGGGGGGAAUCAGAACCACUUGUUGGCUGAGCAGGAGUCUUCCGAUGAAAGCAUCCCUUUCCUUUCAGAAGCAUCAUCAGAUGGGCCAAACCAAAUAUUUAGUGCGACCCCAGAGGAAGAGAACGAAGCCGUACUUGAGGGGAACGAUGAGGUCGUACUUGAAGGGGAUGGUGAGCAGGAACCACCGCUAGCUCCGGCGGCUUCGGGCGGCUUGGCCCCGGUGGCUGUACUUGGAGAUGAGCCUGCAGGCAGACAGCCUCAAGUGCCAUUUGGGCAAGUGUCUGGACAUGGACAACUAUAUGGGGCGGCGCAGGCGGCGGUCCAGGCACUGGCAAACCCGGGGGGGUCGGCUGAGCAGUUGAGUGCCAUGAGAGAUGAGAUCGUUCAGCAGCCCCCAGGGACUGCCCCGGGUGUGCGAGUAGAGGACGGAUGGGUUGGCAUCCCGGUCACGGGAAUGGUGUGGCUCCCAGCCGAGGGACUGUUGAACCCAUCGCCGGGUGGCCAGUAUCCUGCCCGGUUUUAUCUUGACAAUGUUGAUGAUCGCGGACACCACAGAGAGCCAGAUGCGCUGUUACGACUGCCGGCGGGGAUAUUAUGGCGUCUGUUGAACAAUGUGCCAAGAGACGUUCCACAGGCAAAUCUCGCACAGGCAAACCUCCCACAGGUCCAGCCUCCUCAGGGUCAGCCUUCUCAGGGUCAGCCUCCUCAGGGUCAGCCUCCUCAGGUUCCCCCUCCUCAGGUUCCCCCUCCUCAGGUUCACAUCCCACAGGCGAACCUCUCUCAAGCGAACAUCCGACCAGAGGACAUCCCUGUGCAAUCCAUUGAAGAUGAAAAUGGAGACGGGCCGCCAUGGUCACCCCUGGCAGACCCUGGGGUGCCUGGAGGUAGUGGUGAGGGGGAUAGCAGUACAAAUACCAACACCACCCGAGGAUCAGGUGGAAACCAGGGAAAUAACGAACCACUGCCCCCAACCCAAUCACCAAGUGGUGGCGUGGGGGAUAGCAGUACAAACACAAACACCACCCGAGGAUCAGGUGGAAACAAGGAAAACGAGGAACCACUACCCCCAACUCAAUCACCAAGUAAUAGACAGACACAGAGUGCCGUCCGACAACCUACCCCGAUCCUAGUCCAGAGCUUGCCGUUACAAGAGCUAGGAAACGGGGCCGACGGGAGUCAGCAAUCUGGCCCCCUUCUACUAGCAAACCCUCUAGGCCUCCAGGAGGGCGGAAAUUCGCAAGAGGGGAGGCUCUUGUCGGACAUGUCGAACAGCGCGCUGCAAGAGCAGGAAAUCGCUCCGGGCGCGGCCGGAAGUAGCGUGUCGCGCAAGACUCGGAAAAGAGCGGCGGCGAAUGAGGACGACGACGAGGUGGAAGAGGAACCAGCCCCUCCACAGCCGACCAGAAGACAGCCGACGAGAAGGCAGCCAGCUAGAAGGCAGCCGGCGAAGAGACGCCGCGUCGAGACGCCAGUCAAUGAGCCCGUGGACAAGUCUAUGGAAGAGUCUGUCGAAGGGCCUGUCGAAGGUCCCGUCGAGGAGCCCGUCGUGGAAUUUCGGUACAAAUUCCGACAAAGGGGGAAGGUCAAUUACAAGUACUAG